UCGAAUGUGUGGAGUAGGUUAAGUUUCGGAGAGUUUGCAAUUAUUUCGUUACUGAAUCGUUGGAAACGUCUGAUCUCUCUGAUGCAAGAUAUAAAUGGGACUUCUUCGAACGUAGGUUAGAGUGUGUAAGAUUGGAGGAUUAUGUCUCUCGUUUCUAGUCUCAACUCUUAACCUCGUCUAAAGUUUUCGAAUGACAGACAUGGACACGGGAAAUUCGACUUCUGGUGACAGUUCAUCCUUUACUAAUAUAGAGGCUACGCCACGGGCUGAGAGGAGAGUCACUCGAGGCUCCAGGCAGGGAGCCGUCGACAAUGUGACAAAAAAGUUUCUCAGGAACUUUGAUCCGGAACACAGCGAAAGGGAGAAGCGCAAGCUUCAUAGAAGAGUCUACCAAAAUUACAAGAGAUGCGCCUUGUACGAUGAGAAUGGAUUCUAUAUUCAAACAGGGGAUGAUCUGUGCGAUUGCCUUAACCUGACCUGUGCGGGUUGUCAUUUCCCUUGUCCGAAAUGUUCUUCCACCAAGUGUGGUCACGAGUGCAGGAAUAAUCGUAAAUGGACCUACGAAUCCAUCGAAAACGAAGGCAGCGAUAGCGUCACAAAGAAUCCUCUCUUGAAAGAUGUUUAAAUAAUUCACUGAUAAAAGGGGACAAGUAUUUUUACAAAUCUAAAGACUGUGCAGGACUGAUAACUGAACGCACACAUUGGUUUUAACUCUUAAGUUAAGAACUACGCGAGCUGUGUACGGUUCUAGGACGAAUAUAUAGGAUAGGAAGAAAGAAAUGUGGUACCAGUACGGGAAAAGCAAUAAAGUCAUCCAAGUAUUCCAUAACUUUGAUAUCUUGCUCUCGUUUCUGUAGCCUCUAAGAAUCUGUACCUGUAGAUUUUAGGGGAGUACCUUUAGACGCCCUUCCUCGGCCAUUGCACUUCCAUAGAUGUAUUAUUAGAAUAGAAGAUAGUCGCCACUAGAAGAAUCGUAAUUGGACGUGUGCAAGAGGCUCUCUGUGAAACGAAGGAGGAAGAGAGAAGAAUCGUGUGGCAAG